AUGGCGGCGAGUCAGGGAGGUGGUGGUAACAGUGGGGGCGGAGGUUGUGGGGGAGGUGGAAAUAGCGGUAGCGGUGGCUCGACCGGGGGGGCAGGCGGCGGAACCGGAGGGGGAGGUGGCGGCGGGACCCUGACGGUGCCCAUCCCGGUACCGACUCUUUUCGGUCAGCCGUUCUCCCACGGGCCACAGUGGAACCCCGGGAGCCUGCAGCCUCAACACACCGUGAGAAGCCUGGACCGGGCCCUGGAGGAGGCGGGCAACUCCGGUUUCCUGAGCCUCACUGGUAGAAAACUCCGAGACUUCCCGGGCAGCGGCUAUGACCUGACAGACACCACCCAAGCAGAUCUUUCAAGAAAUCGUUUUACAGAAAUUCCUUCGGAUGUCUGGCUGUUUGCACCACUUGAAACAUUAAAUUUAUAUCAUAAUUGCAUCAAAACUAUUCCUGAAGCCAUUAAAAACCUACAGAUGUUAACAUACCUUAACAUUAGUCGAAAUCUUUUAUCAACAUUGCCAAAAUACCUGUUCGAUCUCCCACUUAAAGUUUUGGUUGUCAGUAAUAACAAACUGGUAUCCAUUCCAGAAGAAAUUGGGAAGUUAAAAGAUUUAAUGGAAUUGGAUAUUAGCUGUAAUGAGAUUCAGGUCCUUCCCCAACAAAUGGGAAAAUUAUAUUCACUUAGAGAGCUAAAUAUAAGAAGAAAUAAUCUUCAUGUGUUGCCAGAUGAAUUAGGAGAUCUUCCUUUAGUCAAGCUGGAUUUCUCUUGUAACAAAGUGACCGAAAUUCCAGUUUGUUACAGAAAACUGCAUCAUUUACAAGUAAUAAUUUUGGAUAACAAUCCAUUGCAGGUACCACCAGCACAGAUAUGUUUAAAGGGUAAAGUACACAUAUUUAAGUACUUAAAUAUUCAAGCAUGUUGCAGAAUGGAUAAGAAACCAGAUUCCUUGGAUCUUCUGUCACUGAGUAAAAGAGUGCCCUCCCAGCCUCUCACUGAUAGUAUGGAAGAUUUUUAUCCAAAUAAAAACCAUGGCCCUGACUCUGGAAUUGGAAGUGAUAAUGGAGAGAAACGAUUAUCUACAACGGAACCAUCAGAUGAUGACACAAUCAGCCUUCACUCUCAAGUCUCAGAAUCAAACAGAGAGCAGACAUCAAGAAAUGACAGUCACUCAAUAGGAAGUAAACCUGAUCCUCAGAAAGAUCAGGAGGUGUAUGAUUUUAUUGACCCCAACACAGAAGAUGUAGCAGUUCCUGAGCAAGGAGAUGUUCAUAUUGGAUCAUUUGUCUCUUUCCUUAAGGGAAAAGAAAAAUGUCCUGAAAGAUCUCAGAAAAAUGAAGAGUUGGGAGAUGAGAAAAGACUUGAGAAAGAACAGUUACUUACAGAGGAAGAGGAUGAUGAUUUGAAGGAAGUAACUGAUUUGAGGAAAAUAGCUGCUCAGUUAUUGCAUCGAGAGCAGAAAAACAGGAUUCUUAAUCAUUCAACCUCUGUCACAAGAAACAAGCCAAAACAAACUGUGGAGUGCGAUAAUAGUGUCUCAGCAGAUGAAGUAAAUUCACCAUUAUCACCCCUCACGUGGCAGCCCUUAGAAAAUCAGAGGGAUCGAAUUGAUGUACAACAGUGGCCAGAAUCUCAGCCUAUAAUAUGGCAGAGCGAAGAAAGGAGGCGGAGCAAACAGAUUAGAAAAGAAUAUUUCAAGUAUAAAUCGUCAAGGAAGAGUUCAGUUGGCAAUGAAAAUGAGGAAGACAGUGAUAAUGCUAAUAUGUCACCACAAUCUCCAGUAUCAUCUGAGGAAUAUGACAGAACUGAUGGUUUUUCACACGGUCCCUUUGGUUUGAAGCCUAGAUCAGCUUUUAGCCGUUCAUCUUGCCAGGAAUAUGGGGUAGCAGAUCCUGGAUUUACAAUGAGAAGAAAGAUGGAGCACCUACGGGAAGAACGAGAGCAAAUACGACAACUUCGCAAUAAUCUUGAAUCCAGGUUAAAAGUAAUUUUGCCUGAUGACAUUGGAGCUGCACUGAUGGAUGGGGUUGUUCUUUGCCAUUUAGCCAAUCAUAUAAGGCCACGUUCUGUAGCUAGUAUUCAUGUACCAUCACCAGCAGUGCCGAAACUGAGCAUGGCAAAAUGUCGAAGAAAUGUAGAAAAUUUUCUUGAUGCUUGUAAAAAGUUGGGUGUCUCACAGGAAAGACUCUGUUUGCCUCAUCAUAUAUUGGAAGAACGAGGUCUUGUGAAAGUUGGUGUCACAGUUCAGGCUCUUCUUGAAUUACCUGCAACCAAGGCAUCUCAGCUUUCUAUGGCUUGACAUAACAUUUAAAAAUAAUAAGUGUAUAGUUUCAUUUAUUUGAAAUGAUUUCAAAUAUUUCAACUUCAUGAAUAAGAAUUAUCAAUCAAAACACUUUUAUUAGAUUAAGCCUUACGGUUUUAAAAUUCAUAUGUAAAACAUCAAAAUUAAGUUUUGAAUUGCCCAAAUACUUUGGGGGGUGGUGGGCUGGAUUGAUUUGUAAGAGUUUUUGAUACAUUCAAAUUCUUUUUUUACUGAGUCCAGUUGAUAAUCUUGAUUGUUUUUCAAAAAGCAGAUUGCUACUAAAUUUAAAAUGUGGUUUCAAUUUAAUAAUAUUAAGUUUAAUUUUUUAUAUACACUAGUAAACAUCUAAAUAAGGUAAUCCAUUUUUUACUGAUUUAAAACAAUUCUAUAUUUGAGUUCUUUACUACACUCCUCCAUCUAGUUUAUGCACAAUUUCUUCAAUCUUUUGUCUUAGUUUCCUAGGAGAAAAAAUCAGUAGGAAAGGUAGUACUCUGGCUUCAUAUAAAUUCUUUUAGUAUUAUAGGUUGAUGCCAAAAUUUUUCAGUUGUACUGUGGAUUGUUUACAUGUGAAGUGCCUGUGUAAUUGAUGACUCUUAUAUAGUCUUAAACAUUUUUGCAAUUUCUUUUUAUGUAUUAAUAGGAUCAAUGGAACAUUAAAAUAUUUUAGUAGAUUAUGUUGUCAGUAAUAUGUGAGGAUUUAAAUAUGCCUCAUGUUGUGACAUUUGUGGGUUUUUAUUUAGGGCAUUGCAGUUUUUCUUAAAUUGUUUAGUUCAGGUUGUCAAAAACAAAUGUUAAUAUGCUUUAUUUAUGCUAUUUAAUUUUGCAAAAUUUAAUCGUCUUUUAAAAUGUAUUAUUUGAAGAGUAUUUUAUUUCUGUAUUGAAAAUGUUACACAAAACAUUAAGGUUUUUGGGAACUUGUGAAGUACUAAUUAUUGAGGACAUUUUGAUAAUACUGUCAAAGUUUGGAUUUAUGUUUUGACUUUCAGGAAUAUCACAUCAAUCCUGCCUUUAGCUAUAUUCAGAGAACAGAAAUUGAAGAAUAGGUGUUUAUUUGGAUUCUAGUCAUUUGUAGAUCCUGUAAAUGAUCCUCAAUUAAGUUGAUGCUGAAUUAAACACAGACCUUUCUAUAAAUAUUUUCAUAAGUACACUAUGUUAAAUAAAGUCUUUGUUCAGUUUAGAGACGGUAGUUGGUUCUAGUGCAGGAAUUUUUCAAAAACACUGCUGUCAUGAAUAACUUGGAUUCCUAUAGUAGAACCUUAAUAAUUGUUUUUUAGCCAAGCAAGUAUCACAUUAAAUAUGUGAUUGUUUGCACUUGUUACCUCUUAACAUGAAUGCAACUUAUUAAAAUUGUUGGCCUAGGUAUUUCAAAGGGUAUAUAUAAAAGGUAAAACUAGUGUGCCAAAUGGUGUAGUAGGGGUUGGCUUAGGAACAACUCUUCUUUUUUUGAUCCAUUGGCAUGAAGCCAUAUAAUUGAAUUUUGGCUUUAGAAUACAGGUGUGUUCUUUACAUUCCUCAAGAGUUAAUUGGAGCAUUUAAAGAAUUAAAGCUUCUUAAAAAAUAAGGUUCAAAAAUUAUCACUUUAAAUAUUUUCAUCUAAUUAUUUUCAGUUGGAUCUAAAAAAAAACCGCACUGACAUAAUCCCUCAUGAAAACUUAGGUAAUAUAGGUAAGGAAUGGCAACUAAAUACCUUAAAUAGUUUUUAAUGUAGAAAUGUGACAGUGUUACAAAUAAAGUGACCAUUGAAAACCAGAGCAAUCAGUCAUACUGCUUUUAUAGUUAGAAUACUAUAGAAUUACACUUAUUAAUCAAUCUAGAUGUUAAAUAUAUUACAACUAUUUUUCUGUUUUGUAUAAUUUAAUAUUAGUGAAAUUGUAGGCCAUUUCCUAUUGCAUUUCACUUACUUGUCAGUUGAUCAUUACUUUAAAGAAAACAUACACCAGAACCUGACCAUAGCAUUCCGUUCUGCCAAGCAAACUUCCAUAUAAGAUAGAUCCAUCUGAGGUAUAUGCCAUGACAGUUUACUUAUUUAUUAUAGUGCCAAAAGAUAACACCACCUCUAUGGCAGUGUCAUCACAUAGUCCCCAAGGACAGCAUUACACCAAGGCUCUGAUAUAGUUCUUUUAAUAGUUUUUAAAUGUGAAAUUUAUUCUAAAUGUUUUAUGGUUAUUAUAUAUUUACUUCAUCAGUUAUUGAAUUAAGAAUGAUUAUCAUUAUUUGAAUUGGAUUUGUGAUUUAAUGAGGAUUGAAUAAUCAAACUAAAAUAUUUUAUUAGGCCCUAAAAAUGUAGUAGAUAGCCAGUUCUUUUAAAUUUUAUUACUGUAUGGCACAAGAAAGAAUAAGUGAUGUUGGGUAUGUUAGAAUUUGAACUAAAGAGCGAAAAUGCAUCACCAUUUGUUUAAUAAUUACCUUUACAGAAUACUAGUUUAAUGGCUUUUCUAACUGAAAUUUUUGAAAGAUUCAGAAAUGUUUGUAUUGGUCCCAGAUCUACCUUAAUUGAUUUACUGAUGCACUUAAAAAUAAAUGGAACACUAAAUGUAUAUUACCGAUGCAAACUGUGGAUAAAGUUGAAUGAAAAAAUUAA